UGUUAAAUUGUUAUAAUGUUGCCAUCGUUGAGUCUCGUCCAAUAAUGUGGAAUCCUGCAUCAAUUGCCUGUUUAUUUCUCUGGAACUGUAUACUGGUGGACCUUCGGGAAUACGGCAAACAUACCCUUCGUUUUAGCUUACGGCCCACAGCGCGCCCCAACCUUUUACCUUAUACACUUUACGCCAACAUUCCCUCACCCGGUUCGUACUGCACACGACCGAUGAAGAUCCAGACGAAUUCUCUAUCACCGUAAAAUCUACGCGGUCACAGAAAUAUAAUACUUUGUUUCUCAGUGUUUACACAUCUAAUAUUGUACUAUGGUCAGCUGUCAAUUUUUUGUAAUACGUCACAAGUAUGACGCAGCUACGACGGAAAAUCUAAUCGUUGCUUGCAACGAGCUCGUCUCUAGUUAUAAGAAGUAUGUUUGAUAACGAAAAGACUCCUUCCUUAAGCUAAAAAUAGCCCUAUUACAAAUACUCUUGAUUGGAAAUAUGGAACACAACUUGGCUCAAAAUAACAAUUAUUUACAUGAACAAAUACAAAACUAAAAAAAAUUGAAUUUAACUCCAGCACAGUUAUGCACAUAUCUAUCAUCGAAAUUCUAAGCUCAAAUUUCUUUGUUAUGUAAACAAAGCUCGAGCAGGAGCAAAACAGCAGGAAAGUAUAAAACCUUGAUGUACAUUAAAAAUAUUUGUUUGAAUUUUUGAUAUAAAAAGAAAUCAUUGAAAAUAAUCAAUAUUAAAUGAAUAAUAGAAAUAUAGGAAACAUGUAACAAAUAACAAAAAUAGAAAACAAACAAACAAAACUAUAUUGCUAAGUGAAUGAUCUUGUAAGUUUAUUGCACCAUUUCUGAAACUUAUAUGUUUUUUGUGACAAACUUAUAUAUGAAGUUUAUUGUUAUAAUAAUAAAGAAAAAUUAACAAACCACUCAACUUAACAUUUAAAAAAACUGCUUUUAUGAUAUUUUUUUCUAAUUUAUUUUUUAAUGACAUAAUCAUAAAUGCUUUUCGCCAUGACAGUCGUAAAAGACGUCACGCCUUGUUUUCACUUAGUUACCUUUUUCAGAUAAUAAGAUGUGACCAUAGUGACAAAGCGGAAAAAAAAGAGAAAUAAGCAUCAAAACAAAAAAAAAUGGCAUACAGUAUGGAAAGCGAAACAAUUGAAACGUUUCUACGAGGCUUGGGAUUGGAUAAUUUAAUCACAUCAUUCAAAGAACAUGAUAUUGAUGUUGACUUGUUAAAGGAUUUGUCUGACGAGGAACUAAAGGAUUUAUUAAUGAAUGAAAUGAAAGUAACCACAGGCAAUCGUUAUAGGAUUACCAAAGGGAUACAAAAUUUGAAAGCUGGUCGGGGCUCUAUGCAAACAGAAAUGAAAGGUAACAUUGAAUCAAAAGGGCAUUCCGAUGGAAACAAAAAUGCCAGGUCAGGUUGUUCUAAGCAAGCAGAAAUGAAAGAUCACUUUGAAUCAAAAGGACAUUCCUAUGAAAGCAAAAAUACCAAGUCUGCAGAUUCAAGCAGUGACGAUGACAAUGCUGAUUCAUUCGGUAGUCCCCAGAUUGACAUUGCCAGCAAAGUUCCAUUGUAUCAGAGGAAAAGAGACAACACAAAGGACGAAAUUAGAGUGGCGCUUAUUGGGAAAACAGGAUCUGGGAAAAGUGCCACUGGAAACACCCUUUUAAAUAAAAAACCAUUUCCAUCGAUCUUUUCGUUAGUCUCUGUAACAAAAAGAUGUUCACAGGGUUUUGCCAAUCGAUUUGGCAAAAAAAUUGUUGUAGUCGAUACACCUGGAAUAUUUGAUACAGAACUAACAAACGAAGAAACUCAGCAGGAAAUUGCGAAAUGCAUUGGUAUUACAUCACCAGGACCACAUGCAUUCAUUUUGGUAUUGAGUCUUGGAAGAUUUACAGAGGAGGAACAGAAAACCGUGGAUCAUUUUGUUAAAUGUUUCGGCAAUACUGUGUAUCAAUAUUUCAUUGUUUUAUUUACCAGAAAAGAUGAACUUGAAAAACAUAAUAUGACUCUUGAACAACAUUUGGCUCAAGUUCCCAACUCGCUAAAAUCGUUUAUCAAAAAAUGUGGGAACAGAACCCUAGCUUUUAAUAAUGAGCUCAAGGGCGAACAAAGCGAGGCACAAGUAAAAGAACUUUUGACUAUGAUAGAAACAAAUGUGAAAAGAAAUGGUGGCAAUUGCUAUACCAAUGAGGCAUAUAUUCAAGCUGAAAUUCAGGUUAAAAAAAUGGAAGAAAAGAUAGUAAGAAAAGCCAGAAAGGAGGCAGAAGAAAAACUAAAAGCAUUGAGAGAAUCAGAAGACAAACCGAAAGCAAAGGCUGAAGAGGAGGAUGUUCUCAGAAAAUUACGCGAAAAAGAAGAGAAUGCCCGUAAUGAUGCCAGACACGAAAUAGAAGAGAAAGGGUUUCUUCCACGGGCAUGGAGUUACAUACGAUCUUGGUUGCCGUUCUAAAACUUAAAGGCUGAUACAUCAGAGAUUCGCUAAGUCUGAGUCUUAAGUUUGUAUACUGACUGAAAAUUGUUGUAACCUAUUUCGAUAACAAUAUACAGUGUGUCGUGUUAUGCUUUAACCUCUUAUUCCCUACAAAAAGUAGUUAUUCAUUUUUAUGUGUUUGUUAAACAUGCAUUGGUGUUUGAUUUGUUGUGUUAUAGGAAUUUUAGCAUUUUUCAUAAAUGGGUAUUGAUGUGGAUUGCAAAUAAAUUAGUCAAAAAAUAAUGAAGUUGAUACUUUCUGAAAUCCUUUAAUUAUAAUAAUCGUAAAAAAAACUAAAAAAAAACCCAAUUUUUAAAAAUACUAAUAUGUUUAUUCUACAGAUACUUGAUAGUCAAUCAUAUUGUAGUCAUAUAUCAAAAAUUUCCCUAAACAAUGGAAUUCAAUUUUAAGAAAUACAAUAGCAAAUGAUCUUUUCACUUAACCAUUUCAUAUUUUUAUGAUGAAAUCGUUAAGGCAUGUAUUUUAAUCAUAUGAAAUUUUAUGUAUAUAUCAAAAUGUAGAUGUAUAUCCUGAUUUUGCAAUUAAGUAAGAUCGAUAAAAAUGUUAGUUAUUAAUUGCUUUGAUACAUGUAGGCUUUGUCAACGCGAUCUAUUGUAUAUCUAAUAAAAAUGAAGCCAAAAAUAUUAUCAUCAGUGUUAAACGUCCAUUUUCACUAUAAGAUAAAGCUUAUUUCUAUCUUGUUAUAGUUUUGUAUAUAUUAUCUCAACUUUUUUUUAAGAACAAGGUACAAUUUCAAUAAUAUAUUAUAUUUCCUGUUCAAAGGUGAUUUUUGUGUUAAAAAAAAUACAAAAAAUUAAAAUGUAACAUUUAUUUACACAAGAAUACAGUGUACCUACAAAUUAAGAAGCUAUGAAGAAUUGCCAGUUGUUGUAAGACUUUCAAAUGGGCAAUUGCGAUUUCAUCAAUUGUGUAUUUUCCCGUAUGUUUUUAUUAAAACUGAGCAAAACACA